GACGCGCGUUCUACGACUUCCUCUCCUCUCUGUGCCCCCCAAUCCUCCUCGCCAACUCAUUCCCAGAGCACCAAGAAGAUCUGGAGAAGAGAGGAGGCCAUUGCUAGCUCCCCACCAUCCCCUUCUCCCUCUAUCUGCCUAGCGUUCUUGCUUGGUCGCCAUGGCCACCAUCCUGGAGAACAUCCAGAAGGCGCGGUUCCUGCCGACGAGGCCGCUGAGGGACGACCUGCCCACCUUCCAGGGCGGCAAGGAGGAGGAGAGCCACCUCAUGGGCCUGCGGAAGCGCCUCUCCAGCUUCUCCGGCAAGAUCCAGCCCAUCUCCUCCGCGUCCGCCGAGUGGGCGUUCAGGCGGACCCGGUCGGCGCCGUCGCUCGCCGCCGAGUUCGCGGGCGGCCCGCUCAAGCGCUGGUGGGACUGGGGCCUCGGCUGGCUGCUCUCCAAGAAGCUCGGCUUCGCCGGCGACCUGGAGAUGAACGAGGAGGAGGCGGCCGCGCUCGGCCGCCAAAGCAGGGGCACCUGGGCCCACGUCCUCUACAAGGUGCGCUCCGGGGUCCGCCGCCUCGUCGCGUCCGACCACUCGCUGCCCACCACGCACCACCGCAAGGCCUCGCUGCCCCCGUCCUCCUCCGCGCACCAGCACUGCAAGCCCGCGCCGCAGUUCGCCUACACCCAGAGCUUCCAGUACGGCCAAGCAAUGGCGCACUAAGCAGCUUGCUUUGCAUCUUGUUCUGGUGGUGUCCGCGAGAUCCAAAUAGACACGACGACGGGAAGGAAGCUCGUGAAGAAGGAGAAGAUUCAGGUCUCAGGUGAGAUCGAUGGGGAAGAUGGCUCGCUACACAAUUAUAUCUGGGAAUUUAGAGUUGUUAGUUUACCGUGCUGCUUUCUUUUUUGUGGGUAGAUCUAAUGUCUCUACGUAUAAUAGAUACCGAGUGUAUGCUGGUGGUUCUUUCCAUUCUUUUGAGGUCGUGGGUGCCAUGUAAAUGUUUGUGGAUUCCUUAUGUUUUUGCCUCCUGCGGUAAAUAAAAGCUAAUGCAGAUUCGUGGUCGA